AUGUCUGCAGACACCGUUGGAAAGACGAUAACCUGCAAGGCCGCUGUCGCAUGGGAGGCCGGCAAAGAUCUCUCCAUUGAGGACAUUGAAGUUGCUGCCCCCAGAGCUAACGAGGUUCGGAUCGAGAUCUACUAUACCGGUGUCUGCCACACAGACGCAUAUACCUUAUCAGGAAAGGACCCCGAAGGAGCUUUCCCCAUUGUCCUUGGACAUGAGGGAGCUGGAAUUGUGGAAUCUGUUGGCGAGGGAGUGACCUCAGUCAAGCCUGGCGACCAUGUGGUUGCUCUCUACACUCCUGAAUGCCGGGAAUGCAAGUUUUGCAAAUCGGGCAAGACCAACCUGUGCGGUAAGAUUCGCGCAACCCAGGGCCGGGGCGUGAUGCCCGAUGGCACUUCCCGAUUCAAGUGCAAGGGCAAGGACUUGCUCCAUUUCAUGGGCACAUCGACCUUCUCCCAGUAUACCGUCGUCGCCGACAUUUCGGUCGUCCCCAUUACCCCCAAGGCUCCGAUGGACCGUACCUGCCUGCUUGGUUGCGGUAUCACCACUGGAUAUGGCGCUGCCGUUGUAACGGCAAAUGUUGAGAAGGGUUCCAACGUUGCCAUCUUUGGCGCUGGUUGCGUUGGCUUGUCAGUUAUUCAGGGUGCUGUCAAGAACGGUGCCAGCAGAAUCAUCGUCGUCGAUGUCAACGAUUCAAAGGAGGCUUGGUCAAUGAAGUUCGGCGCCACUGACUUCGUGAACCCAACCAAGCUCGGCGGCACAAGCAUCCAAGAGAAGCUCAUCGAGAUGACCGACGGCGGUUGCGACUACACCUUUGACUGCACUGGUAACGUUGGAGUCAUGCGGGCUGCCUUGGAGGCAUGCCACAAGGGCUGGGGUGAGAGUAUCAUUAUCGGCGUCGCUGCGGCUGGCCAAGAGAUUUCCACGAGACCUUUCCAACUUGUGACGGGACGGGUAUGGAAGGGCUGCGCCUUUGGUGGUAUUAAGGGUCGUUCGCAGCUGCCUGAUCUCGUGGACGAUUACUUGACGGGGAAGCUCAAGGUGGACGAGUUCAUCACUCACAGAGAGCCUUUGAAGGCCAUUAACAGUGCCUUUGGUGCCAUGAAGCAAGGAGACUGCAUCCGGUGCGUUGUGAACAUGCGCGAGGAUUAA